AUGGAUAUCCAAUCAUUAUCUUCAGCGGUCGCUAAAUUCUCUGCCAAGUUCUGUAAUGAGUUGAAUAAAUCUCAGAGUGUUGUUGCAUCUCCACUUUCGGCUAAAUUUUUAUUGGCUCUUCUUACUUUGGGAUCUGAGGAUCCAGCACAUUCAGAACUACUUUCAUCACUGGGCAUUUCUUCUGAUGAUGAGAUUCGCUCAUCAUUCAAAUCGCUGUCCAAAAACCUGCUCUCUAUCAAAGGUGUUACACUCAAAGUAGCUAACAAGGUGUACAUUAAGGAAGGUGACUAUGAUCUCAAUGAGGAUCUUAAGAAGGAUGCAGUCUCAGUAUUCAAUGCUGCCUUUGAAAAAGUUGAUUUUUCACAAAGCAAAGCAGCUGCAAACCUUAUCAACAAAUGGGUGGAAGACCAGACCAAUAAUAAAAUCAAGGAACUAAUACCCGCUGAUAGUCUCAAUGAUGGCACCAGUCUUGUGCUUGUUAAUGCCAUUUAUUUCAAGGGUGCCUGGAGAAAUCCAUUUGACCCCUUAAACACGAGUGACCAACCAUUCCACAUCAGUCCUUCAGAGACAAUAGAUGUUCCUAUGAUGUACAAAGAAGAUGAUUUUUUCUACUCAGAAAGCAAGGAGUUGAAUGCUCAGCUGCUGUGCCUGGAAUAUGCUGAGGCUGAAGCCAGUAUGUUGAUUGUUCUACCAGAGAAGAUUGACGGUCUUAAUGACGUCAUCGCCAAGCUGGCUGACGGGUACGACUUGAUGGAUGACGUAAGAAAUAUGUUCAAAAAGGAAGUCCAAGUGACCCUACCGAAGUUCAAAAUCGAGACCGAAAUCGAUCUCGCUGAGUUAUUACCCAAACUUGGUAUUCAGUCAAUCUUCGACCAAAAUAACUCCGGCUUGACAAAAAUAUUGAAUAACUCCGAGCCGCUCUCUGUAUCAAAGGCUGUACAGAAGGCCUUCAUUGAAGUCAAUGAGGAGGGCGCUGAGGCGGCCGCCGCUUCUGCCAUGGUCAUGGUGGGAUGUUGCCUCACACUGGAUGAACCCCAAGUGAUUCAGUUCACAGCUGACCGUCCGUUCUUUGUGGCCAUCAUCUCCAACGAGACUAUUUACUUCACAGCCACCCACCGAGGAAAUUGA